AUGACCAAGGCCAGUGAUACUGCCAGCCGGACUCCGAAAAUCAGCCACGUUUCCACGGUUGAGGUGAUCAAUCCUCGGGAGCUGGGUGCUGCACAUCAUCAUAGGACCACUUUUGCGAGAUGGGCGCAGGAAGCCGCUGAGCGGAACCAUGACGACAGCUCGUCGACAUCUAGCAGUGAUGAAGAUGACGAUCUAGGCGCCCUCCAAUCUACGCCCUCCGGCCUGCCUGCUUCCAGGAAGAAAGCCACGCAACAGCCAAAAACAGAUACCGAUGCUUUACCAAUGAGCCUCACCGGCUCCAAGCAACCGUCCAUUCCUGCCGAAUAUAAUAAAAUGUCCGAUCACAACAAGUCAGCAAUCUGGCGAUACCUGAUGACGUUUACCAAGACCGAAAUUACGGUUCCCGGUGAUAAGGCGAUCGUUGAGCUCCUCGUACUUCCAAAGCGCCGCGACCUUCCGAGGACGUGGCAAAGAAGACUUGCAAAAUUUGAGGAGUUCCAGCUUAACACCCUCACCGGACUGAUCCUGUAUCUUGGUGGUGUCGAAAAAUCGAGUGAUGUCGAAGGAUCGAGUGCCGUCCAAAUAUCGAGUGGAAUCAAAGGAUUAAGCAAUCCCUGCGAGGAUUGCAGAGUUCACCCAGAGGCACACCUCUUCUGGGAGAUGAACUUCUAUUACGGGAGCUAUGUCGACCAUCGGUACCCUUUUCCUAAGUGUAUUUUCCUGCCAAAUAUCCUUGACGACUCAGCAUCAAUCACUGAGCGAUUAGAUCAUCGUUCGUGCUGCAAUGAAUACUACAGGAGGUGGAAGAAAGUACCGCAUUGGAAGAACCCGCUUCCCAAUGGGAGCGGCAGUCCCGGGGUGGCACGAGAGACAGCGGACAUGGAUGUCAUGAAGACCACCUCUACCAACAAGUCUAGUGGCACCCAACUGAACGCGAAUAUUUCAAGCAACAGGCUCAAUAGUGCCACAUCGACAACCAAAGCUGGCAACAAUUCCGUGCACCCAUCACCGUCCCAAGCCUCGCUACCUACAUGCUCUCCUCUUCAGCCUGCCACCAUGGUUCGGGAUACGACAACCCCCCGGAGCUCGGCACGGCAAGCAACUUCACCAUCCGCUGUGAAGGGACACACGGAGAACACGUCCGGGUGGGAAAGUUCCCCAGUUAAUCCCGACGUGGGAGCUAAUAGCUGGCUUCAGGGCGUGAGAAACAAAAUCAAAGAGAAGAAGACAGAAAGAGGGACUAGACAUCGAAAAGAAGACCUGGGCGUGGAGGAACGACACUCAUCAACUAGCAAGACCAAAGUUACCCCAGUAUCGUCUGCAGCAGCUUCUCUAUCAAAUCUUACAAUGCAAGACACAUCCCCGGCUCCUUCCACAACUCAGCAGCAAAGUGUCUCACGAGUCUCGCAGGAGGAAGGAAUUUUCGACCCUGCCAACAAGUCCCCUCAGUUCAUCGGCUUCCCAGGUGAGAAGGUCCAGCUCUUGCAGGCAUCCAGAAGGCAUACGCUGGAAUGCACAGUCAUGGCAGGAAGCAUGAAGGUCCAAAUGAUCAAAACCGGUGGCAUGGGUGCCACGAGCAGGGUAAAUGGAGGAGAGACUUGGACAAUAAAACCGGACAGUCAGUGUUUGGUCAGCAACUUCUUUCCGGUGGAUGGAGAGGUUGCUGUUAUUAAAAUCAAGUCUCAGCCUGUGUUGGAAAGUACGGAAUGA